AUGUACCGCCUGUGCCGGCCGUCCCCGCUGCUGUCGCCGCUGCUGUCGCCGCUCCGCCUGCCCCGCUCCCCCUGCCCCGCCUGGGCCGCGCUGCCGCCGGGGCCGGGCCCGCGCCGCGCCCGCGCCAAGGAUGCAGCUGAACCCCUCAAAAAUGCAGCCGCUGAUCCCAGUGCUGAAAACAAGAAACUCAACAAAUCCCAGCAGCUGAAGCAAGUUUUUAAAGAGUAUGGGGCUGUAGGAGUUUCCUUCCAUGUUGGAAUUUCCUUAGUAUCUCUGGGAAUCUUCUACCUGGCUGUGUCAAGCGGCGUGGACAUGAGCGCAGUGCUGCUGAAGCUGGGUUUCAGCGAGGCCUCUCUGCAGUCCCGGAUGGCAGCUGGCACCAGCACCUUCGUGCUGGCCUAUGCUGUGCACAAGCUCUUCGCCCCCGUGCGCAUCAGCAUCACCGUGGUGUCCGUGCCCUUCGUGGUGCGCGCCUGCCGCAAGGCCGGCCUCUUCAAACCCCCUGCCUCCAGCCCCUGAGCCCCUGCCCUGCUCUCCGGGGCAGCCACCCAGCUCUGCAGGGCAAACGUUUCUUUCAAAGACUGCUCUGGGUUCAGGUCGAUCUCAUCUUGGUUUCUCACUUGUUCCUUCAGGUAAAUGUCACUGAAAAGUGCUGUCCUUGUCUCCUGUCCCUUUUGCUGCUUAUUCUUAUGACAAACCUGUUCAAAUGGGAAUAUAAAUGCUUGACAGUGAGCACAGUUCUGGGUCUUUAUAAGCCAGCUUUUGAGCCUUUUUUUUUCUUUUAAAAACAGUCAUAGCUUUCAUUUAUUGCUGUGUAGCUGAGAAACUGAGGCUCUUGCUAGCAGAAUAAACAAAAUCUCACUAGCUGGGUACUUCUCUUGAUAAGGGUAGGUAUUGGAAUCUAAAGUAGCAGGUGGGUGUUUCUUUUGUUAGACGAGGCUUUUGUUAUAGCCCUUCUUGCAGUACAACACAGGCACUGAACUGACUUCAGUAGGAGCACCCACAUGAAAAAUUAUUGCAGUCAUAAUUGGUUUAGGCACAAUAGGUGAAGUACUGUUCUGAAACUAUGUGUAUUGCUUCCAUAGUCCAAGAUUUUAUUGUUUGAAAAUGUGCUGGCUGGGAGCCAGCUUUACUAAAGUCCCUUUGUUUUUAAAUGUCUAUAGACUCAGAAGAAACCCUGAGCCUACUGGAAUCAGUGUAACCAGAAUUACCCGUGUGAACAUACUCCAAACAGCAUCAGGGCAGAAAGGAGCUGGGGGUUUUUAAUAGAUUGAGAUCUGGCUUUGUGCUGGAAACACUUUUUAACUGCAAACAUUCCAAAUCCCAGCUUCCCAGGAAGAAUUCCUGUGCUUUGGGCUGAGACUGGUGAAUGUAGCA